AUGAUUGGCGACGGUCACAUUUUUCACCCCAAUACUUCUGCUUUGGCACAACUCUUUUGGGCUCCUUGCAACAAGAAUUGCAUUGCCAUGAAGGAGGAGGUUCAAAAUGGACCACUGAUGGAUCAGCAUCAGCGGCAGAAAGGAUACAACCUUCCACCGGUCAAAACCGUCUUUGGAACAGUGGAGGAAAUUCUUGAACAGCGAACUGAAGAAUCUGAUGCCAACACAUAUCAAGAUGGAAGCAGAGGAGUGAUGUCUGAGGACGAAAUCUCUGGCAUGGUCCAGGACGCCUUGUUCAAAGCUCGCAAAGCAACACAGUCGUUGAGUCCACACAAGCAGAGUUCGGGAGCUCAGAAACCAUACACUUCUUUCUUUCCUUCUCUUGAGAAUAUGAUUUCCACGUCUCGAUCGACUACGCUUCAGCAUGCCCAAUCGUUACUCAACGGAAAAACUACCGUGUCUCCAAGCACCGAUAGUCAACGGGAUCAACCAGAUGGCUAUGUCAUCUACGAGAACCCAUCCGAGCAGACUGGAGGAUAUGGCGGAGUCGAACAUGCAGCACAGAGCGCUGCGAUGAAGUAUGUUCAGACUAUGUCACCAUCCGCUAACAUGAUGGCCAAUCCAUCUGAUUAUGUUAUUCGGAAAGUAGAAGACGAAAUUGCAAACGCAAAGAAGGUUGCUCAAGAAGCAUUCAAUAGGGUCAAGUGUGGUGGUGCGUCUAACGAAGAAAUUGAACGAAACCCACCACAAAUCGUAGACUUGACAGAUGCGGAAGAUGUGCAAACCUUCGACGAUAGAGAGACGAUUCAGCUCGCAGCUAGCUCAACAUGGAGAUCUGAGGGCCCAAACUCAACUUGGAGAUCUGAAGGACCCCAUUCAACUUGGAGAUCUGAAGGACCAAGCUCAACUUGGAGAUCUGCUGAAGAUGGCGAAGAACCACUUGAUUCAAUGGUCCUUGAUUCGAUGGUAUCUGAAGACUAUGGGCUUGUAUAUGGGUACAGUGUGGCCCCUUCCAUGUCAAGUAUUGGUCAACCCACCGUCUUUUGCUCUCUCGAUAACCCGAUCAUUCGAGCGAUGGAGCACACAGCUGCUGGAAUGAAUAUUAUCGAUCUGACGAAUCAUGUUGAAUAUGUUAGCCCACCACGAAGCAGGGAUGCACAGCUCCGAGCUGUGUCCCCUACACAAAACAGUGUUACAUCUGUAGGCUCGGAAGAUUUUGGUCCGCUAAAUGCCAUCGAAAAGGUUGACACAUCAGAGAAAAGGGACAUGAAGAAGACUCGUGUUAAGACUUAUCCAAUUCUUCCACUGAGCCAAGAGACGACCGUCAAAGCCUUGGAAGAUUCGCGAAAGAGUGAUACAGAGAAGGCGGAUAUUAAGAUGGCAGCUGCUGUUUCCAUGAAACAAGAAUCGCGGGCUGACCGCCUUCGCAAACUCAGGCAACCAAUGCACAUUGUCAAAGAGGACAGUCAUGAGGAUUCACAAGGCAAUCCCGAUGACCAAGAUAAAAUGACAUUGGAUCAAGGAACCGAGGUCCCAGCAAACGAUUGCAUGGACAAAGAGAUGGUUGCAAAGAAACAGAAGGACAGUGAUGACAAGGUUGAAAGCAAAGAGAAUCAGGAAGCUGCUGAUGAGGAAGCAAAUGACGAAUCUGUGACUGAACAACAAGCCGAAAAAACCUUUACUAACUCGGUGGAAACGGCAGAAGUAGUGAAUGAUUCUCAUAUUUCGAAGGAAGAACCCGUGGUUACCGAACCCGUUGAGAGCAAGGCCACCUGUUUGGACGAAAAUGAAGUGGAUGCCGAACCUGUGACUGACCAACAAGUUGAAGAGGCACUCAUCGACUCGGUGGAGACAGCAGAGACUGAUGAAGAUCCUCACAGCGAAAAGGAAGAAUCGCGAACUGUCAAAACAGAAACAGAGAAUGAGACCCUCAUCGAUUUGGGGGAAACAACCGAGGAUGUUAUGGAAGAUUCUCACAAUGAUACGGCAGAAUCGCGCACUUUCAGAGCCGAAACAGCUCGAGAUGCCACCGAUGAGGGCCCAUUGGACUUGGCCUCUGGUUUCGGCAAGCUAAUGUCUUUGUUCCAAGAUCGAGAUGAAAGAAAAGGCCUCACUUUCCGAGCGAAGAGCAAGGAAAUUGGUUCAGAAGACAACGCGGAGGUGAUUUCUAAUGAUGCUUCAGUUGCCCAACGCCCCGACACCCAGGCGGAACCAUCAACCGAGGAUGUCAACGAGGAGAACAUUGAGGUACGAUAUGAUUCGGACGAGGUUGAAUGUCCAGACAAUUUCGAAACCACUUCUGAGAAAUGCUUGGAAGGUGAAGGUGCCUCUGUGGAGGAAUCAGCAAAUGACAAUACUGCCGAUGCUGAGAAUAUGACUAUGGACGAACAGGCAACUAACAUCCAACCAGAAGGAGUUUCAUAUGUUACACCGGUCCAAAGUCCCCGCAACGCUGCUGAUGUAAUCAUCGCGCUCGGCGGCUUCUUUGGUGGUGCUAGCCAUGAUAAUGGGAUUCCAGUUUCUGCAGCAAGUGAAGGAGCCAACGCCAAUGCAUUAGAGAAAGAGCCGGCAGACGAUCCCGAAGUUCAACAUGACACCGCUGCUGAUGUAAACAACGCGCUUGGAAACUUUGGAGCUAGCCAUGAUGAUGGGAUUCAAGUUGCUGCAGCAAGCAAAGGACGCACGAACGCCGAUGCCGUCGAGGAAGAGCCAGCAAAGGAUCCCGAAGUUCAACAUGACACCGCUGCUGGUGCAAUCAACGCGCUCGGAAACUUUGGAGCUAGCCGUGAUGAUGAAAUUCAAGUUGCUGGAGCAUGUGAAGGACAUGCCAACGCCAAUGUUGUCGAGGGAGAGCCAGAAAACGAUCCUGAGGUGCAACACGACACCGCUACUGAUGUAAUCAACGAGCUCGGAAACUUUGGAGCUAGCCACGAUGAUGAGAUUCAAUUUGCUGCAGGAAGAGAAGGUCACACCAACGUCAUCGAGGAAGAACCAGCAAACGAUCCCGAAGUGCAACAUGACCAGCACGAAAAAGAAGCCAAACACCCACUGUUUGCGUUUUUCGAUGCUGCUCGGGAAGCUCGAGCACGAGAUUUUGCAGCUUUGGGGCUGGGUUUCAUGGCGGCCACAGAAAAGCAAACCGAAAGUAAAGCCCCGUUGCCCGAAGUCAUUGAUGGUUCCAUGGAAGGACAACAAUUUAGUGCAGUUCUCGCAAAAUCGGGAGAAAGCAACGAGAAGAAUUCCCUCAUCGAAGUGGCUCCAACAACACCCAGCAUGGAUGGUCAGUUAAUGCCUUCGCCGGUGCCUUCUCAAUACACUGCUGAGGACAAUGAAUACUGCGAGGAAGAAGAAACCUCGACACACAACGUCGGACAAGCGGAAGACGUUCGCCACGAAGCCGAAGCAGAGCAGCAUGACAAUGAGGAGUCAACACCGCCAUUCGAUCCAUUGGGUAGUCUGUACCGCACGUGUGUUCCUGAGAAAGAGUUGGGACCAGAAUCAACACGAGUAUCACUAAAGAACAAAUACAGUGAUCCACCCGGCGAGUAUACCACUCGCUCAGAGGAGGACAUUAUCAAUGCGAAUAGAGUUGAGGCUCCUAUUCCCCAACUUUGCGUGCUGGAACCAACCGAUGAGAUUCAAAAACUUCAGGCGUCGAUCAUGGGUGAAUCAGUCACAAGAAGGUUCAAUGCUUGUGGAGCAUUGAAGAUGUUCGCCAUGAACAAGAGUAAUCAACUCGCACUCGCGCGAACUGAUGGAUUCUUCGAUGCGUUGAUCGUUGCUUUGACAACCGAUCUUGUUGGUAAGGAUCGUGAGGCAGCCUUCGGAACCAGGACUCGGGCACUUGAGAUCCUGCUGCGUGUUUGCAUGCAAAAGGAAAACCGUGUGGUCAUUUUCUACCAUCCUGAUUUGGUCGAGUCGAUUGUAUGCUGUGCCGCUGAGGACUCUGGAGAGAUCAGAAUGGCUGCAUGCAGUGUGUUGGCAAUGAUCGCAAAGUCAGGUCACCUCAGGGAGCCCAUGGCACAAGUAGAAGACCUGCUUGAUGUCUUGGCCGCCUCUCUAUUGGGUACCGAUAGUCAAAAAGCACAGCCUGUGAAACAAUUGGACGAAGUCCACGAGAAUGACGCUAACUAUGCAUCUGACGAGUUCUCGUCUGGCUCAGACUCCUCGUCAGAUGCUUCCUCCUCGUUAGAAUCGGAGAUAUCGUAUGCGACUACCAGCGGUAGAAACAAACAACACCGUCAGUCUACAAAGUUGAAGCAAAAAGAAAUGGAGGAAAAGAAGAAAGAGACCAAAAAGCAGGUUACUACGAAUGCAUGCGCUGCUCUUCUUCAUCUCUCGAAACAAUGUGCCGCAGGUCACUUUAUGUGUCACAGCACAUCGCUUCUAAAUGCACUGCUGAUCCUGUCUCAGCAGUAUGAGCACCCCAUGCACACAAAAUGUUUGGAGAUCUUGUGCAACCUCACUCGUCUACCCUCAAACGACGAAAUUCUGGCGGAACACCCCAGCGUUGUGCCCGUGAUGCUACGUCUUUCUACUUCCGAGCGCGAGGAAGAUCGCGUUUGGGCACUCCGAAUGCUUCAGAAUAUUUCCGCCAGUGCGGCUGGAAAGCAUGUCUUGGUCAGUGCAUUUGCACUCGAAUUACUGAGCAUGAGUGUGUUGCGGACUCAAGCUGAGGAACAAAAGGCAGCCAUGGCGGCACUUUUCAACCUGUCUACCGAUCCAGGAUGCUUGAUGGCCAUCACCAACACGAGUGAUGUACUCUCAUCUCUCGUAUUGGUGGCUCAGGAUAUGAACACUAUUUCGGAAGUUCGCAUGAUGGCUUGUGACAUGCUCGCCACCAUUGGACUUUGGUUCCAAAAGAUAGCAGGUGGCAGUACCGUUCCAGAUGGUGUCAAGGAAACUGUCCUCCCAUCCAAUGUUACUACUGGCUGGAAGCGAUGGGAUGAAGAAAUAAAAUGCUAG